AUGGCGUCAAAGGGGUCACACAGUCCUUCACCUACGCAAGGUCAACAUCAAUUUGAAGAUAACAUCGUAUUCGAUUAUCAUGAACUUGACCAUGCCCCGGCAACCUCACAAGGCACUUUCCUCAAGGGUUCAAAGGAGGGCGUGGAACCCUUAGAGGAAUACCAGGAAGGCGGCUAUCACCCAGUCCAUAUUGGAGAUGUGCUUGGCCCAUCGGAUCGGUAUCGAGUCAUUCACAAACUCGGUCAUGGUGGUUUCGGAACAGUUUGGCUCUGUCGAGACUCGGUAGAAACCCGUUACGUUGCCCUCAAGGUCAUGGCCAGUGAUCUGAAGUCCGACGAGAUUCUUGACUUCAGCUUGGCGGACCUUGAUCAAUCAAUGCCAGGUGCCCAGUUCAUCGCGACUCCACUCGAUUCAUUCUCCGUUAGUGGUCCAAAUGGGACCCAUCAGUGCCUAACACUGCCACCACUUGGGCCUUGUGUUUCACCUCGUUUAUGGAUGCGAUUGGAAAUGGACCCUGCUGCUAUCCUACGGAAAUUCGCCUAUCAGACUACGCAGGCGUUAGCCUUCUUGCACAAGAAUCAGAUCUGUCAUGGAGUCAGGCUGAGCAACUUGGAUCACCUCUCUGAGGAUGAGCUCCUCUCUCUGAUAGGGCAUCCCGAGGAAGUCCAAGUGCAGACGGAGUCAGGAGAAGACCUUCCAGUAUCUAGCCCAAGAUAUCUUGUACAACCAGCAGACAUCUCUAGACUCGGGAACGAAUUCCUGACAGAGGAGAUUUGCAUCAUUGAUUUUGGCGAGUCAUUCAAAUUUUCAUCACCACCGGAGGAUCUCGGUAUCCCAGAGAACUACCUUCCACCGGAGAUCCUUCUUGAGCGCCCUGAUGCGGUUGGUCCCGCCUGCGAUCUUUGGGCUCUCGGUUGCACCCUAUUCGAAAUCAGGGAGCAACUCCCGCUCUUCUACAUGAUCUACGACAGGGAUGAACUACUAGCAGAGAUGGUAAGGUUCUUCGGCAAACUCCCAGAAGAUUGGUGGGCGAAGUGGGACGCGCGGGAGGAAUACUUUGACGUGGAUGGGAAAUGGCUUCGUGAAGAAGACUGGUCCCUUGAAGUGGCGCUGAGCAAACCAAUCGAGAUCUUUGAAUCGGGAGAGAAGUACAAAGAGGGACCUAAGAAGUCAUUACAAACUCCUGAAGCUGAGCAGAAGUUGAUGGCGGAUCUGCUAUAUCGGCUGUUCAAGUAUGAUCCUCAAGAACGGAUUAGUGCAGAGGAGGCUCUUAGACAUACAUGGUCUAUACUAUAG